AUGCGGCAAGAAAUUUCCAACCAAGAGCAGUGUCUUCUGCUUUACGGAGAUCAGACCGUAGAGAAGCUGCCCGCCAUCCGGGCCCUUGUGCAGCAAUCCCAAAGGUCUGAAAUUGGCCGACGUUUUCUCCGCGAUGCCUGCGAUAUUGUUCAACAAGAGACAUUCCAGCUCCAGAUCGAGCGAGCUAAAAUCACGCAGUUUGAUACUCUGCUCCAGCUUGCAGAAAACAACGCACGAUCUGAAGAGCCCAGCGAGAUUGUGGCGACAGUUCUCAUGAAUGUCGCUCGACUCGGAGAAUUGAUUCUGUAUGCUGAGGAAGACCCUCAGAUUCUAGGCUCUGCAGAUCGGCCUACACAUAUUCUUGGCUUUUGCACGGGGGAGAUGCCAGCGGCCGUGGCAGCAACUGCACGUAGUAUUCCCGAACUGUACAACCUGUCUGUUGAGGUACUUCGUGUCAUAUGUCGCUUCGCACGAAAUAUUAUCCGCCGUUCAGUGCUCAUAGAUCGGACCAAUGGUAAUUGGGCUACCACCAUUGUUGGCCUUCCAACAGAGCACGUCCAGGCAAUUCUGGAUGACUUCCAUCAAAGCCAAAAAAUUGCACCCUUACGACAGAUUUGUAUUGGCUUUAUUUCAGUGGGCUGGUUAACUCUCUUCGGCCCUCCCACAACAGUUGAGCAGCUUUUUAGUUGGUCCCGAGAGCUCGAUGAGGCUUCUAGGAUCAAGACCGACGCUGGCGGUGGUGUACAUAUGUCCAACCUCCCUGAGCUAGACUUAGACGAGGUAGUGGGAUCGUCGUCUGUUUUGGAGGUUCCGAUUAACCCUAAUGCGAAAUUUUGGUCGCCGUAUAAUUGUGAGAUUCGCAGUGCACCGACACUUAGAGAUAUGCUUCAUCAGGUCGUUUCGGGUAUUGCUCAAGACGCAAUAAGGCUGAGUGAAACGAUAGACCUAGUGGUGAAAAGCCUAAAUCAUUCACCUGUCAAAAUUGUCUCUGUUGGAUACACUCAUCAUCUUGCGACACUACAAAAGUCCCUGCAACGUGCGAAGAUACCAUUCACAGUUAUGCAGCACAGCAAUUCUCCAGAAGAUCUUAGUGGCCCAUUGGUACGUGGUGGUUCCGAUCUAAUUGCCAUUGUAGGCAUGUCCGGACGGUUCCCAGGUAGCGAGAACGUCCAGGACUACUGGAAAUCACUUUUGGAUGGGGAAAGAUAUAUUCGGGAUAUCCCUCCGGAGAGAUUCAAUCUUGAUAAGUGGUUCGAUGCGACUGGAAAGCAGAAGAAUGCGACAGUGAAUCGCACAGGAGCGUUCCUGGAUCGUCCGGGAUACUUCGACAACCGUCUGUUUAAUAUGUCUCCUCGAGAAGCUAUCCAGACUGACCCCCUUCAUCGAUUGUUUCUCACUGUCAGCUACGAAGCACUGGAGAUGGCUGGUUAUUCGCCUGACGCAACACUGUCCACUAACAGCAACCGCAUAGCGACUUAUUUCGGUCAGACGUCGGAUGAUUGGCGUGAUAUCUUACUCACUCAAGGAGUUGACAUAUACUAUGCUUCGGGAAUUUGCCGCGCUUUUGCCCCUGGACGUUUGAAUUACCAUUUUAAAUGGGGAGGGCCGUCGUAUAGUAUCGAUGCAGCCUGUGCCUCCAGUGUCGCAACUAUUUCCUUGGCCUGCUCAGCACUUAUGGCGCGUGAAUGUGACACCGCUCUCGCUGGUGGAGGCUCAAUUCUCGAUUCCCCCGCUCCAUUUGCUGGUCUAAGCCGGGGAGGAUUCCUCUCCCCAGAGAGGGGCUGCGAAACAUUCCAUGAGGAUGCCGAUGGUUACGUGCGUGGCGAAGGCGUUGGUGUGGUUGUUCUCAAGCGGCUCGAGGAUGCGAUAGCAGACAACGACAAUAUCUUGAGCGUCAUUCGGGGCUCUGCAAGAAAUUAUAACAAGGGCGCGUCGUCUAUUACUCAUCCGUCCGCAGAAGAUCAGCAGCGGCUUUACCAACAGGUUUUGAGCAACAGCGCUGUCGAUCCCAGCAGUGUCGCCUAUGUGGAAAUGCAUGGCACUGGUACACAAGCUGGGGACUCCACGGAGAUGUCAUCUGUAUUAUCAGCGUUUGGACAUGGUCGUUCAAAGGAAAACCCGCUAGUUUUAGGGGCUGUGAAGGCUAGCAUUGGUCAUGGUGAAGCAGCCGCCGGUGUGUGUGCUCUUAUCAAAGUGUUGAUGAUGCUUCAGCAGCGUACGAUUCCUCCGCAGCCUGGAAUGCCUUUCCAAAUGAACCAUCGCUUCCCUGAUUUGGGUAGGAUGAAUGUGCAUAUUCCUUCGGGUGCGAUGCCUCUUUAUAGUGCCGACAAAAACAGCAAAUUAAGAGUUUUCUUGAAUAGUUUUGAUGCCUCGGGUGGCAACUCCUGCCUUCUGUUGGAGGAAGCACCUUUGAAGCCUGUCAAAGGCGUCGAUCCUCGAAAACACCACGUGGUAUCCUUUUCUGCUCGGAGCCCAUAUUCUUUGCGGGGAAUAAAAGAGCGAUACCUUGAAUAUCUUUACGAACACCCCGGCACAUCACUGGUGGAUCUUGCAUAUAGCACAACAGCACGCCGAAUGCACCAUACUUCUGUUCGGUCAGUCUUCACGGCUUCGAGUAUUGAAGAAUUUACCAAAAUACUCGAAGAGGACUUAAGCAAACCAGACCCUUCAGUGAAGAAGGGGAAAGGUUCCCCUCCUGGACGCAAUGUUGUGUUCGCCUUUACCGGCCAAGGAUCUCAGUAUGCAGGCAUGGCUCACCAACUCUGGAAUUGCAGCACCGUCUUCCGGGGUCUAAUUGAGUCUAUCCAAACCAUGGCCACUGCUCAAGGUCUGCCGAGCUUUGUCGACCUGAUUGCUCAAAGCGACCUAGAUCUGUCCGAGACGAGCCCAGUUAAUACUCAACUGGCUAUCGUUGCAGUUGAGAUUGCACUCGCUCAGUUGUGGAUAUCAUGGGGAGUAAAACCAAGCCUUGUCAUUGGCCACAGUCUAGGUGAAUAUGCUGCGCUAUGUAUUUCAGGCGUCUUAACAAUCAGCGACACUGUCUAUCUGGUUGGACAAAGGGCAUUGACACUGGUGCAGUCUGCAAAGCAGAACGAGUAUGCUAUGCUAGCUAUAAAUGGCGACGUUGAUACCGCUCGCCAGUAUCUCUCAAAGGGUACAUACGACACGUGUGAAGUUGCCUGUCUCAAUGCCCCCAAAUCAACAGUGGUAAGCGGCUCAUUGCCCGAAGUCAAGGCCCUGAAAGGAGAGCUGGAGGCGCAAGGAACUCGUUCUACCCUUCUCCAAGUGCCAUUUGGUUUCCACUCCAAACAAAUGGAUCCAAUCCUGGACAGUUAUGAGUCAUGUGCAAAGGGUGUUGCCUUUUCUGUGCCACAAAUUCCGAUUGCAUCAACCUUACUAGGCGAUGUUGUUCAAGACGAAUUUGUAAUUUCCCCCGUUUAUCUUCGACGCCAGACUCGUGAGUCAGUAAACUUUGUGGGAGCUAUAGGAGCAGCUCAAGCAGGAGGUUUCAUUGGCAAUGACACGCUUUUCCUUGAGAUUGGUCCCGAUCCAGUCUGUAUUUCGUUGAUCCGCUCGACUCUAGGCGCUGCUUCAGUUCCUCGUCUUUUGUCCAGUCUUCGACGGAACGAAGACAAUUGGCUGACUACGUCCAAUUCUCUGGCAACGAUAUACGAGACAGGUCUCUACGUAAACUGGCCUGAAUACCACCGGGAGUUUUCAGGUUGCCUUUCCCUACUUGACCUACCUACAUAUGCCUUUGACGAAAAAGAUUUCUGGAUGCCAUAUCCGGAUCCAGAUCAGCCUCAUGCCAUUGAAAAGACCCAGUUAGCUCUGCCAUCAAUUCCUGCGGUGCCGGGAUUCCCGACUACAACUCUGCAGAGGGUGAAACAAGAAGCAAUCGAUGAAGGCAAAAUCUCAGUUACUUUCGAGUCCAGCACAUCCGAACCACACCUGCUCUCAGCGAUUGUGGGCCAUGCAGUGGCAGGAGUCACCAUUUGCUCUAGCAGUAUUUUUAGCGAUAUGGCAUUAUCGGCUGUUCGCUAUGCGUUUGAGCGACUGCAUCCCGGCAAGUGGACGGAUGAAUUUCUCACUAUCAGCAGCCUGAAUCUUCAUCGACCUAUUGUUAUUGCUAAUGGACAACCUUCUCAAACUAUUGAAGUUAAUGUAAAGCUUGAAUCGAAUACUGAAAAAGCGCAAAUAACAUUUUCGAGCCAGGCAGGAGAUGCGACUCACAGUGUAGGGUCUGCCAAAGUCUCGCUUCGGGACGCCGGAAAUUGGCAACAGAAUAUAUCACGAUCUCUCUUCCUCAUCCGCUCCCGAAUUGAUGCACUAAAAGAGGCAAAAAAUACCACUAAGGGACAAAGACUCCUUCGACCGGUGGUCUAUCGGCUAUUCUCCAACGUCGUGGAUUACGGCGAGCUUUAUCAAGGGCUAGAAGAAGUAUUCCUAGAUUCUGAACUACGGGAUGUCGUAGGCCAGAUCAAACUACCUACGCUGCCGUCCGGAGAAUCAAGUGGCACUUAUCUAUAUAGCCCCUAUUUACUUGAUGCAAUUGUUCACGUUGCUGGUUUUCUUGCAAACUGCGGUUUGAGAUAUCCCGAGGAUGUCGCAUUCCUUGCUUCUAGUUUUGAAGCCUGGCACAUCCUGAAACCUCUAUCAUCUCAAAAAGCCUACACAAGCUAUGCACAUAUGGAAGAAUCGGCUGAUGGGAACUCUUUACUGGGUGAUGUAUUCGUAUUUGAAGAUAACGUUCUCGUCACCGCACUCAUCGGUGUCAGGUUCCAAAAGAUGAAAAAGAUGGCCCUCACAAAGAUUCUGCAAUCAGCAGCUCCUGGCUCUACUGUCCAGAAGGGAACAGGUAGCCAGUACGUUGGAGAAGCAGAAUUCGAAUCACCCUCUUCAUCUGCUGAUCCCUCUACAUUUACGACACCUCGGGCUACAUCGGUAGCCACGUCUGUAACAAGUGUCGACGAGGAUACUGGUAUUAUUGAUAAGUUUCUCACAGCAGUGGCCACAGAGGUGGGUUGUGAGGUCUCUGAGCUAGAGCCCGACACGGUUUUUGCAGACCUGGGAGUGGACUCCCUGAUGGCCAUCACUGUCAUAGCCUCAAUCCGCAAUGAGACCGGUGUUGAGUUACCAGGAUCGUUCUUCCUCGAUCAUCAGACUGUUGCAGAGGCCAUGAAAGAGCUCAAGGGGGGUGGUGACAGCGGCGUUGCCACGCCGCAAUUCACUCCUCCUGAUGCUUCGCCUAAAGUAGGCACGGAACCAGUAGAGAAUUCCGUGGCAGAAUCUACAAUUCCACCACAGCCUCUUGAAAAUCAAAACCCUCCUGCCUCUGAGAGCAAAGCUAAGCCAGAAGAAGCGCCUGCAAGACCAGUGUCACUCACCACCAAACCAGCACCAGCCUUGUUGCUACAGGGGUCUAUGUCUUCUACCGAAGCUCCACUUUUCCUUCUAGCCGAUGGAACUGGUUCUGUUUCCUCUUACAUUCAACUGCCAGCUCUACCAGGUGGUCGUCGAAUCUACGGCAUAGAGUCUCCAUUUGCACGCGAUCCGUCUGCCUUGGUAGAUGUCAGUGUGGAACAGUUGGUAGGUGUUUUCGUUUCUUCUAUCCGCAAAAUACAACCAACGGGACCCUACAGUAUUGGUGGCUACUCAAUAGGCGCAAUCUAUGCGUUUGAAGUGAGCAGACGCUUACUCGAAGCUAGUGAGGCCAUUUCCGAGCUUCUUCUCAUAGCAAAUCCGGCGCCAAUUGCAGCUCCUACGAAAUUAAGAGGCAGAGAAAUUACUUAUGGAACUUUGCAAGAAGGCGGAUUCGCUUAUGCCAACAGCCGAACAAAAGUGGCUAUAUCUGGGAGACAGAAACAACAUCUUGCAGCUGCCGUGCAGGCUCUAUUGCAGUAUGAGCCUAAAAGUCUACCUCAAGAAAGUCGACCAGGUCACUUGACUUUAAUUAUUCCUUCAAAGGGCCUUGGAGAUGCCGCAUCUACGGCGGAAACUCCCUUCACGGCUUGGUUACACGCCAAUUGGGAUUCAUCGAAGAAUUUGGGUUGGGAAAGCUUGGUUGGCUCCAUUGAUACUGUUCACAAGCAAGAGACGGACUGCUUUUCACUCCUCAAAUAUCCAGAGGUGAGUUUCCAUUUAUAA